AUGGAAGCAAACCAGUUAUACUGUUUGGUUACACUUGUUCUUAUUCUAUUAUUGUCAGUGACUUCGACAGUGACAUCCAAGGACGAGGUUGUUUCCUGUACAAUGUGUUCUUCCUGCGACAAUCCUUGUAACCCCGUCCAAUCAUAUCCUCCCCCUCCUCCACCUUCUCGUCCACCACCUUCACCAUCAACCACCACCGCAUGUCCACCACCUCCUUCUCCUCCGAGCUCCGGCGGUAGUGGUGGUGGUAGCUCUUACUAUUACCCUCCUCCUUCUCAGUCCGGUGGCGGAAAAUACCCUCCUCCGUACGGUGACGGUGGUCAAGGCUAUUACUAUCCUCCGCCGUAUUCAGGAAACUAUCCUACGCCACCUCCGCCUAAUCCCAUCGUCCCUUACUUCCCGUUUUACUAUCAUACGCCACCACCAGGUUCUGGAGCAGAUCGGUUUAUGGGUUCUAACUCUAUUCUCUUUGCUCUUCUCGCCGUCUUUCUCUGUUUGGUGUGACGGAAAAUAGUCGGAGUUGGCCGGAAAAUACCAAGUAAUGUGGCAGAUCGGUAGAUCUACAAUAGUCUUUGAUGGUUUUAGAUGUUGGAUCAAAUGAUUAUCUUUUACUUUCUUUAACCUUUCUUGUGUGGACAAUUUGUAUUUAAUUUUUCUUUGUUAAUUAACACUUUCGUUACUAGCUAUUCAGAAAUAAAGUAUUGUUACUUUCUAUGCAUUGUCUCUCCUCUCCAUGUACUGUAUGGUUGAUGUAUUGCUCUUUAAGUAGUUUACACUCAACUUGUUAGUUUCAUCUUAGCAUUAUUUUGUCGGUUGAGCUUUAUUUACGCUGAGAAUUCAAUUUUUAUAUCUCAACUCGUUAAUUA